AUGGGGUUCGUGAAGGUAGUCAAGAAUAAGGCAUAUUUCAAACGUUAUCAGGUGAAACUUAAGCGCAGACGUGAGGGUAAGACAGAUUAUUAUGCAAGGAAACGUCUAACUGUGCAGGAUAAAAAUAAGUAUAAUACUCCAAAGUAUCGUCUUAUCGUACGUUUCACCAACAGAGAUGUCAUCGCUCAAGUGAGUCAAGCUACUUUAUUGCAAAUAGCAUAUUCUCGAAUUGAAGGUGAUGUAGUGGUAUGUGCUGCUUACUCACACGAAUUGCCGCGUUAUGGAAUUAAGGUGGGCUUAACCAACUAUGCAUCGGCUUAUGCUACUGGUUUAUUGCUUGCUCGGCGUCAUUUGCUUAACAUCGGUUUAGCAGAAACGUACAAAGGUCUGGAAGAAGCGAAUGGUGACGAUUACAAUGUUGAAAAAGAAGGUGAACGAGCACCUUUUCGGGCAGUCCUCGAUGUUGGUUUAGCACGCACUGUUACAGGCGCUAAGGUUUUCGCUGUCAUGAAGGGUGUUGCUGACGGCGGUAUUGAUGUUCCGCAUAGUGAAACACGUUUUUUCGGUUAUAAUUCGGAAACCAAAUAUAAUGCUGAAGCGCAUCGUGAUAGAAUACUUGGAAAACACGUUGCCGAUUAUAUGACGCUAUUGAAGGAGCAAGAUGAAGAGGCAUACAAGCGACAUUUUUCGCGUUUCAUUGCUGCUAACAUCAGUGCAGAUGAUAUUAUGGAUAUGUAUAAAAAGGCACAUGAAGCUAUCCGUAAGAAUCCAGCACGGGAAAUUAAGGAGCCGAAGGAGAUCACAAAGAAACGCUGGACGGCGAAGAAGGCAUCGCUAGCAGUACGCAAGAAUCGUGUUAAAAACAAGAAAGCAUAUCUUAAAAUGCUGAAAGCACAGCAAGAGGCACAGUAA